AUGCCUCCUCGAACAUCUCUCGUCUCGCGCGCAUCACGCCUUUACUAUGCGUCUCUCGCCUCCUCCACAGCCAUCAACGCGCCCACAUCCGUCCCACCACACCUUCACGCCCUCUAUCAAAGCCUCCUGCACCUUGAGAGCUCGGCCUCUAGCUACAUCGACCUCUCGCGUCUACAACUCGCGCUCCGCUCUCUCGAGUCUGCCGACGCUUUAAUACGGAUAGCUUUUCUCGGACUUGGCGGAAAUGGAAAUCAGGCUGCGAGGAGACUGGUUAGGGUGUUAUUGGCUGACGCGCUGAGCGACGGAGUGGAACAGUGGGAGCGGGAGCUUUUAGAUGGGGUCGAGGGGAGUGUGCUGGUCAAGUACGGGGAGAUGGUGCAAGAUGUGGGUAUUGUGGGUGGUGGCAGAGACGGGAGAGUCAGAGAAUUGAGAGUUCCAUCUCCGCUGCUCAAGAGAUUAGGCGUGGAGAUUUUGGUCACAGGAUUGAAUGCCAGCGAAGAACGUGCGUCUGAUGAGCUGGAAGCUACUAUCCUGGUACCUGCGUUGACGAUUCCUGGGGCUGGAGGGAGGGUCGGCUUUGUCAGAUAUCCGGUCCACAAAGCUGUGGUGGUUACGGAAGGUGUUAGUGGUGCUGUGGAGCUCGGAAGACUACCGAAAGGCUUGCUGAAUGGGCACAUGAUACAGUCUGCGCUUUCUUUGCCUUUACGGAAAGAAGAAGGUAUUCCAAAGAACGAGCGAGAUGGAGACGUGGUGGAUGUGGGCCUAGCCGAGCAUGCGCUGGGACUAUUCAGAGAAAAUAGAGCCAAUGGAGCAGUGUUCAGUCAGGAGUGGCAGGCGAGCAAAGUGGGAAGCAUCACGAACUGGCUCGCGAACAGCACAAAAGUGGACGAGAAGGGAGAUGGACUGAAACCCGCUGUGAGGGAUCUGCUAGGUUCGCUUUUGGUGAAAACACAAUCGGCGGUGGAAAGUGCAGAUUCAAGUUCUUGGGCGAGGUGCUCAACGCUCUCUGUGCCGGAAAGUAAGCGCAUCAUCCUACAAGAGGCUCUCGCUACCUGGUGCAAAGACGCACAUCAAGAUCUGCAAACAAACCUCUCGACAGCUUUUCUUGGACCGGCCUGGAAACGCACGACCUGGUGGCGGCUGUUUUGGCGCAUUGACGAGGUUUCCAUCUCAGCCGCGGAGGUCCUUCGCCGAGGCUGGCUUGUCGAAGCUGAGCAGAGUCUUGCUUUUCUUUCGGGACGCUUACUAGAAUCAGGCGUCGCUACAGAAGCGCAACUGCGAGCCGAACUCAUGCAACUUCCGCCCUUGCUUUCUAAAAUCCGAGAAGAAACUGGCCUGAAUGCACUUUUCAAUCCGCCAUGGCCGCAGACUGUCAACCUCGCUCGGGAACAGAUACUUCACGAAGCAGUACCCGCCUUGCAUGUCAAGGCUCAGCGGUUCAUGCUCGCUGCUCUGUCCACCAUGGGCGGCUCGAGUGCCCUGGCUGCGUGGUUAUGGGUGGCGUCCGGAGGAGUGGCAUUGUAUGAGAGUGGUGCGAUUGCUGCUUUGGGCUUGGUCUGGGCAUUAAGAAGACUUCAGAAAGUGUACGGCAAAGAACGAGAAGUAUUUGCGGGCGCUGUGCGAGAAAACGGAAGAAGAGUACUCGCAGACGUGGAAAGUAGACUUCAGAAGGUCGUGAACGAGGGAGGUCGUGUUGCAGUCAGAGAAGAGGAUAUCCGAGAGCGAGAAAGCGCCAGAAAGGUUGUGCAAGUCACGCGAGAAGCUCUUGGGCAGAUUCAAACCCCGGAAGGCAGAGCUUGAGACUAUGCGUAUUUACCUACCUAGCUAGGCAGUAGGUAGACUUUUGACAGAACUUCACACAACAGUAC